CAUGAGAAAUGCCCAAGAAACUACAGCAACGAAACUUUAUACAAGCUGAACUGGAAGAGUGGUAUGAAGACGAAGAAGACUUUGAAGAAGAUAGAGAAAGAACAAGUCAGAGAAAAGGAAACGAAAGAGCAACCAUUGAAACACUUUCAGAGCAAUCUACAAUCAGAGAAAGUGCAGUGGAGGAGGUACGCAAGGUAUUGAGUGACUCCUUUUCCUUGGAUACAAUACGAAGAGCUUUAGAUAGAGUACAGUGUAAUCCUAAUCUUGCAGUCGGAUUGUUAUUGGAUGAAGCUGCUGAUAGCUUUCAAUCUUCUCUACCAGAACAAGUCGGACAAGGAGACCCGGCAGACCCAGAGAACACUACAGUCGAUGAAAGCCUUGCAAAGUCGAGACAGAAUAAGAGCAAAGAUAUCGUUUGUUCUCAACAAAAAACAACGAGUAAAAUAAGGGAAAGCCAUUGUGCAGUUGAGCCGGAGAAGGAAUCGACAUUUCAUCCUUUUCAUCAUGGACAAGUUGAACCAGCACAAACUGAGUCAAGUCUUGAAGUUGGAUAUUGUACCAAUCCUGUUAUUUUAGUCCUUGGCCAUGUAGAUGUAGGAAAGAGCACAUUUCUGGGUCAUAUUCUACACUUGACUGGUAAUAUUGAUGAGCGCAUGUUACGUAAACUAAAAAAGGAAAGUUCCGAUUCUGGUCGGUCUGAUCUUUCUUAUGCUUGGGUUUUGGAUGACCAAGAAGCAGAACGUGAGCGUGGAGUGACUAUGGAUAUAAGUAUUCGACAAGUUCAUUUUAAGCGAUUGUAUACUUUUUUGGAUACGCCUGGACAUUAUGACUUUCUAUCAGCAGUUAUUGCAGCAGCAUCUCAGGCCCAAGUUGCCAUUCUCUUAGUGGAUGCUUCUCCUGGACAGUUUGAGACUUGCUUCAUGAAAAUGGACCCACUUUGGAACACGCUAUUAUUGUUCGAAGUAUGGGAGUGAAUAAGGUGAUAGUAGCCAUCAACAAAAUGGAUCAAGUAAAUUACGCAGAGGAAAGGUUUACAGAAAUACGUAACCAAGUCAUUAAAGUAUUAACCUCCCAG